AUGUCCCCUCACACAGGAACCAGCAUCCGAACAAGCGCAAGCAGACUCACACACCCAGCUCAAUUCAAUCUCUCACAGAACAUCACCUUAUGUGAAGAACCAAUUUUACAAUCCGUUAACGAAAUAUUAACUGCCAUUCUACCACCUAGCCCUCUAUUAACUAAUGAUGAGCAAGACCUACUCAAACAACUAGACACUCAGAAAUUUAAC